AUGAGAAGAAGCUUAGCACCGAGUAAAUUAAAUUGUACAAGAGAGUCGUCCAGUGCACCUGAGCCAUCUCUUAAAAAGUACAGAACUGUUUUGCAUGAAAAAAAUGUCCUAGAUCAUUCUCCAGUUGACUCCAACUCUUUCAGAAAGUCAUCACUUGCAUGCGACUACCCCGAUUCUCACGAAAAUCUUAUUCGCAAUAUAUUAUCAAAGCCUUUUCGAGUGCCAAUUAUUAACUAUAAUGGUAGUUCAAGUGAUGUAAGGGUCUUGGGUGUUCGUCGUAAUACAUCUAGGGUUGCUUUACAUGACCCUUUGAAGAAGAUGCCCUAG